UGGGGUGUGAAAGGUGUGGAUAUCAUUGCAUUACAGUCUCCUUCAGUUCGCCCUCCAGUCGGUGUAGUUCAUUGUAGCAAUUGUGCGUUGGUGACAAGUUGAUUGAACUUACUUGGGUUAAUCGCUAAAGCUGUCUGCUAACUGAAAGAAUGGCAGUACCCCCAGCCUAUGCCGAUCUCGGAAAAUCUGCGAAGGACAUCUUCAACAAGGGAUAUGGCUUUGGUCUAGUGAAGCUUGAUGUCAAAACCAAAUCAAGCAGUGGAGUGGAGUUCAAGACCUCUGGCUCCUCCAACACUGACACCAGCAAAGUUGUGGGCAGUCUAGAAACCAAAUACAAGAGGCCUGAGUAUGGCUUGACCUUUACAGAGAAGUGGAAUACUGACAACACCCUGGGCACAGAGAUCACUGUUGAAGACCAGAUUGCAAGGGGCUGAACUCACUUUGAUACCACCUUCUCACCAAACACAGGCAAGAAGAGUGGAAAAGUUAAGACAGCCUACAAGCGGGAAUACGUCAACUUGGGCUGUGAUGUUGACUUCGACUUUGCUGGCCCGACUAUCCAUGGUGCCGCUGUGGUCGGUUAUGAGGGGUGGCUCGCUGGCUACCAGAUGACCUUUGACACGGCCAAGUCAAAGAUGAGCCAGAAUAAUUUUGCUGUAGGUUACAAGACGGGUGACUUCCAGCUGCACACCAAUGUUAAUGAUGGCUCCGAGUUUGGUGGUUCCCUCUACCAGAAAGUGAGUGACAACCUGGAGACAGCCGUGAACCUUGCCUGGACGGCUGGCAGCAACAGUACCCGCUUUGGCAUCGCUGCCAAGUACCAGCUGGACAAGGACACCUCCAUCAGUGCCAAAGUGAACAAUACUAGUCUUAUUGGUGUUGGCUAUACACAGACCCUGAGAAAAGGUGUGAAGCUGACCCUGUCUGCCCUGGUUGAUGGAAAGAACAUCAAUACUGGAGGUCACAAGCUGGGCUUGGGGCUGGAACUGGAGGCCUGAAGGCCUUCACUCACUUGCGUCAGGGAUGAGGGAAUAUCAGAGGAAUCUGGCCUUAAAUCUGUCUCCAACUUAACCAGCAGGGGAAUUCUGGAUGGGAUAGAAUAUGUUCAAAGGCUACAACAAAAACAAUCAUUUUUUUUAUUAACCAUUUCAGUGGUAUUUGUUCUCCUGUUUUCAGUCAUGGUGAACAUUUCUGGAUUGUUGCAGUUCCCUUAAAGACCCAUUGGGUCUGAUGCAAAUGAAUUUGUUUCUCUGAAUCCAGCACUGCUGCAGCAAUGAAAUCCUCCACUUGCGGUAUUGGGCAUUGUGAGCCUAUGUGCUGCAUUACCUCUUCAGUAAGACAGUGGUGGUCUUUGGGGGGGGGAUGUGACUCUGUCUCUAAUUUCACCCUUUUGUACCAUCUGAUAUUCCUUAGUCAUAUGAACACAACCUAUGAAACAACUUGUAUCAUCAUAUUAGCAGGUAUAACCUUGUUGUUGUUAUAUCUGCUAAUAUUUAAAUACUGUUAUGCAUUUUUCCAUACAAGGAAGGACGUAUUUAAACUAUCCUAAUGUUUUUUUUGUUUUUGUUUUGCUUUGUCAGCCAUUAGAAUUUGAAAUGUAGUUGUACUUGAAGUCUGCCCUUAAACUUGGUAGUUUUUGGGUGGCCUAACUGGGUGAAUGAAUAUAAUGACAAUACAAUUGUCAGAGUAUGGCUGUUUUUUUUUGUUGUUGUUGUUGUUGUUGUUUUUAGCCCAGACAACUAGGUGAGGUUUGACAGUGUCAAAAUGGAUGUGGUAUUUAAGUUCAGUACCUGAAGCUUUCAGUGUCACCAUGAAGACCCUGACUUGCUGAGGUUAUGCUGUCACAAAACCAUAGAGGUCCUUUAUGUGUAUGUGUAAACUUUUCAAUAAAGUCUUUGAACUCCA